GUGAGUGAGCGAGGGAGGGAGGGAGCGAGAGAGGAAUGGCGCCUCGGUGCUGUGCUCUAUGAGCCAGUGUUUGGAGCCGGUUUGGGAGCCUUUUGAGUGAGAUAAACAUGGUGAACACACGGAAAAGCUCGCGGCCGAGCAGCGACCACUUCAUCUCCUCGAGGACCCGUUCGUCGUCGAGGAGCGAGCGCAACGCGGACGAACAUAAGGAGAUGAGCAGUGAUGCCAGUAGUCCGCGGCUCAGCCCGCCUGCCAAGCGGCCCCACAGGCAGAUGACCCCGGAGCCCAGCUCUAGCGACACGUCCCCCUCGCCCCAGACCAAAGGCCAGAGGGUUAGCUGGGACAUUCCCACUUACCGCACCAGGUUGUCAUCUCGCAUCAUGCAGAACGGGCGCGGCCACAUGGGCCACCGGAAGGAGGAGUUGGGCCAGGGUGACCACUCACGCAUGAACGGCCACGUGGAGCUGAAGAGGAGCUGCCGUGUCAGGAAGAGCCAGUUUGCACACCUCAACCAGAGCCUUCUGUUUGACCAGCUGGUCAACAGCACCGCUGAGGCUGUCCUCCAGGAGAUGGACAACAUCAGCAGCAUCAGGCAGAACCGCGAGGUGGAGCGCCUCCGAAUGUGGACCAGAGACACCGAAGAGGAAAACAUGGACAUGUACUCUCGGGUGAAGCGAAGGAAGUCCAUGCGCCGCAAUACGUUCAGCCUGCCCGCGCACCACAAAGCCAUGAGUAAAACCCAGGAGGAAGAGGAGGAAGAAGGCACGGAAGAAUCUCACGGGGAGGAAGAAGAGGAGGACGCCGAGGACGAGGAUGAUGAAGGGGAUGAAGCGGAGGAAGCUGGCGAGGGGAACGACAGACCGUACAACCUGAGACAGCGCAAGACCGUGCAGAGAUACGAGGCGCCCCCGAUCGAACCGGUCAACAGGAAGCAAAGCAACCCUACGCUCUUUGACACCCACAGAUCGCCAGCAAGAAGAAGCCAUAUACGUGUAAAAAAACACGCAAUUCACAGCAGCGACACAACCUCGUCCUCUGAUGAGGAGCGCUUUGAGAGAAGGAAAAGCAAGAGCAUGGGUCGGGCCAGGAACAGAUGUUUGCCCAUGAACUUGACAGCGGAGGACCUGGCAAGCGGCGCCCUCCGCGAUCGCACAAAGGUGGGGGCCAGCCUGGCCGACGUGGACCCCAUGAACCUCGACGCCUCGGUGAGAUUCGAUCAAGUUGGCGGCCUCGGGAAUCACAUCCAGUCCUUGAAGGAGAUGGUGGUGUUCCCACUUCUUUACCCGGAGGUCUUUGAGAAGUUCAAGAUCCAACCUCCGAGGGGGUGCUUAUUUUACGGCCCGCCGGGUACAGGAAAAACACUGGUGGCCCGGGCCCUGGCCAAUGAGUGUGGCCAGGGCGAGCGCAAGGUUUCCUUCUUCAUGCGCAAAGGCGCCGACUGCCUCAGCAAGUGGGUUGGCGAAUCUGAGCGCCAGUUACGCCUCCUCUUUGACCAGGCUUACAUGAUGAGGCCGUCCAUUAUCUUCUUUGAUGAGAUCGAUGGAUUGGCUCCGGUUCGGUCCAGUCGGCAAGACCAGAUACACAGUUCCAUAGUGUCCACUCUGUUGGCCUUGAUGGACGGCCUGGACAGCCGGGGUGAGAUAGUGGUCAUCGGUGCUACCAACAGACUUGACUCUAUCGACCCGGCGCUACGGAGGCCCGGCCGUUUUGACCGGGAGUUUCUAUUCAACCUCCCUGACAAGACGGCCAGAAAGCACAUCGUGCAGAUCCACACACGGGACUGGAACCCCAAAUUGUCUGAGCCAUUUGUAGAUGAACUUGCGGAAAAAUGUGUUGGCUACUGCGGCGCCGACAUCAAAGCACUUUGCACAGAGGCGGUGCUGGUUGCCCUUCGCCGCCGCUACCCGCAGAUCUACGGCAGCAGCGUCAAGCUAAAGCUGGACGUUGCCUCCGUUGUGCUAGGGCCCGCCGACUUCUGUCGGGCCAUGAGGGCUAUCGUGCCGGCCUCCCAGAGGGCCCUGGCUCCUCCGGGGCGAGCACUGUCGCCCAUUCUCAGGCCCCUGCUGGCAGGCGCUUUUUCUUUGGUGCUGAAAGCUCUUCAUAGAGUCUUCCCUCACUCUCAGUGUGCCGACAGGGACACGCAGGUGGGCCGCGACAAUCAACUCCUCGAAGAGGAUGUAUACAGCGGCGAUGAGAAGGAAGACAGCGCCGCUUCUAUUUACGAAGUCCAGCCUGCCUUGUGCCCCAUCAGUCCCUCGACAUCAUCUCACUCCGCCAUGCGCAGACCCUUUAUUCAUUGCUCUUUUUCCCCCCACCAGCAACCCACAGCGUACCGGCCCCGUCUGCUCCUGGCCGGCUCCCCGGGUUCGGGGCAGAGUUCCCACUUGGCCCCUGCCUUGCUGCACUACCUGGACAAGCUGCCAGUGCACCGCCUGGACUUGCCCACCCUCUACUCCACAAGCGCCAAGACGCCGGAGGAGUCCUGUGCUCAGGUUUUCCGCGAGGCUUGCCGUAGCGUCCCCAGCGUGGUAUUUGUCCCGCACAUCUCAGACUGGUGGGAGACGGUGAGCGACACGCUUAAGAGCACCUUCCUGUCCCUGCUGCUGGAUGUGCCCUCCUUCUGCCCUGUCCUCAUCCUUGGCACCGCCGAGACGACCCACUCGCGGCUUUCCGAAGAGGUGAAGAGUAUGUUCCAGACGGCCUAUGGGGAGGUGGUCACGCUGCAGCCUCCGGGCGAAAGAGACCGGAGGAGCUUCUUUUCUGACCUGCUCCUAGUCCAAGCGGCCAGAGCUCCGCCACGCCUCCGGAAUAAAGAGCGGUGCGAGGAGGUGCUGCCGGUGGCCGAGGACCCGGGCCCCAGUCUGCUGUCCGCCGAGGAGCAGCGUCGCCUGGCUGAGCAAGAGGAAAACACGCUACGGGAGCUCCGGCUUUUUCUCAGGGAUGUGACCAACCGGUUGGCCACCGACAAACGCUUCAAUAUCUUCAGCAAGCCUGUUGACAUCGAGGAGGUGUCAGACUACCUGGAGGUGAUCGGACAGCCCAUGGACCUGUCCACCGUCAUGACCAAGAUUGACAAGCACCAGUACUUGACGGCCAAGGACUUUCUGGUGGACAUCGACCUUAUCUGCAGCAAUGCGCUGGAGUAUAAUCCCGACAAGGAUCCCGGAGGUGAGACGAACUACGAAGACAAGGUGAUCAGGCACCGAGCAUGCAGCCUCAAGGACACAGCACACGCUAUCUUCUCCUCGGAGCUCGACCCAGAAUUUGAUCGCAUGUGCGAGGACAUCAAGGAGGCGCGCAGGAAGAAUGACCAGCAGACGCCAACUCAGCCUUCAGCAACAACAGCAGCAGCAGCGGCUGAAGCAUCACCACCAGGAACAGCAUCACCAUCAAAAGCAGCAGCAACUACUCCGAGCCCUCCCGGAAACAGGAGGAGUCACGGUGCCGCGGAACAGCAGAGUAAGGCCAGCACUCAGGGCGAGGCCACCGACAAUAAAACAUGCUAUCAUGUCAAGAGGAAGCUCCGCCGACGGCAAUCUUGGGUGCGGGGCAUCAUCCGCAAGCAUAAACACCACAAAAAGGGAGUAGAAGUACAAAAAGUGGAGGCUGAAAUAGAAGCGCCAGGGCCCAGCGACUCAUGUCUAACGCUGGAUGAGGAGUCUUCCUGCGACACCCCGGGACCCCAGACCAAUGGUCAUCUCCCCCACGUCUCCUCCACGGAGGAGGAAAGCUCCAACGAGCCCCCGGGCGGCUCUACUGACACUGGAAAGGAGUUGGAAAAACAAACAAACGAUUUCCAAUCCCAAGCAGACAAGGAGAGGCAAACUGAUGGAAAACCUCCAAAUGAAAAACUGCAUUCUUCUGAGGCUCUCCAGCUAGCGCAAGUGAAUGGGAACGACUCCAUGGAUAGUCUGGACUCUCAGUGCCUGGAGGAAAACAGCAAGGCCAGCGAGAAAAGGACUCCUCAGAACACGAGGGAUGAAAUAGCGUCAAAGGGGGAGCACAAGAGCAUUAAUGACGAGAAUCAGGAGCACAAAGGUCUGGAAGAUGAUCCGGACAAAGAAGGUGACGGCAAGGCGAAGAAAUGCAAUACGAGCCCGUCGGAGCAGCUGAAAGCAGCGGCCGCGAGGACGGAAGACGACCCCAACGCCGUAUCCCCGCCUCCUCCGCCUCCUCCGCUCGUGGUUGAUCACCAGCAACUUUUGGUACUACUCGACAUGGCGGUGAAGAAGAGUGAGGGCUUCAGCGUGGAGCAGAUGGAAAGACUCUACUCGGUGCUCAGCCAGUGCAUCUUUGCCCACCGCAGAGAGUACGACAAGACCCAACUACUGGAGGAGAUGGAGAACAGGGUCCAGCAUUUUGACACAUUCCUGUGCCACUCAGACCACAAAACCUCCUCAGGUAGACCCUGAGCAACUGCCCCCAACCGCCUCCUCCCAUGGGACCACAAACUUGGAGCGAAGUCAAGAGACAUUCAAUGGUGCUAUCAUUCGUCUCAGGAAAAUCUGCUUCAACCCCCCCCCCCCCCCCCCCCCUGCCCCCUUGAGGUGUGUGUCACACGCACGCGCCAAGGUGAUGGGCGACCCCGGUGCUAUAUGGGUGCUAACUAUAAUCCACGCUGCUUUUCCAACCCGGGACAGCGACUCCAAACGACCGCCUUUCACACACUCGCACGUCGAUGUUCACCAGUACAAAUGGGUGACCGCCAUUUGAAGACAAGGGCAGAAUAAUAGCCACAAUCCGCAAACUAUAGACCGCGGAACCAAUCUCGCCCCAGAGUGGAACCGCCACCACCACUAUGCGCCGCGAUUGUGUUUUCUCUCUCCGCAACUCAUUUUCAACCACCUCUCCCCCUCUGUGACGUAAUGAUUUUAAACGGUCAAAUUUGUAGAAUCCAUUUCGGAACCUUUCACAAAAAACAAUGCUGUAUAAAACACAGCGCUUGAAAAUCGCUGCAAAAAUAAAAAUGUGACCAGGUUGACUUACCGAAGUCAAGCUGGUCACAUUUUUAUUUUCAGCCCAUUAGCCACUGUACGGAAACGUGCCAAUUGUUUAUUCUGUUCUUUAAAUCCAUGCGUUAAGCUCCUAGUAGCAUCAGCAACGUCGCUAAGGCACCAUUUGAUUUCAUUCAUUUCCGCUUUCAGACCCUUCCAGCACCCGUCCGUCCACCCCGGGGGCAGACUGUUUCACGAAUAUGCGGUGGAGUAAUUAUGCAAAAAAAAAAAAAAAACCCUGCCGUAAGCUACCUCAGCGUAACGUAUUGUUAACUGUUUACUCGGUACACACAAGCGGUAUUUUUUGUUUUUUUUGUACAGUCACAUCACUCCUCGCUAUUGGUGUGUCGGCGUGAAACCCAGCCCGCCCCAAAAAUCCCAACCCAUCACCCACCGGGGUACCAUUUUUCAACAUUAUUCAGCCUUUUCUGCUAAUAUUUGGGCAGGUUCAGUUAAAUGUUUAUUUAUUGUAAAUUUACGUGUUUUUGUUUAAAAAUUUCACAAACCUGUAGCAUUUGUGUAGCAGGUUUUGGGGGAACUUGUGUGUUUGCGUAUGGGGGUUUUUACACGUCUCUCAGGUUCUACACAUGCCUGUUGUUUUUGUGUGUAUUUAUUUCCUGGUGUUUUAUUUUGAAUUGCUGCGUACUGGAAAUUGUGCAGGACCAGACUUGUUUUUUUGUUUUUAAUAUGUUGCCAAAAGGAGUAUGACAUUGGAGCCACAUUUGGGAAUGAAAGACACAGGUUAGUUUAAAUGUCAUACAUUGUGAUAUUGCUUUAUCGUAGCCAGUUUGGACUAAACCAAUUUUUGUCUGGUAGUUGAAACGACUUUUUCUAGUCCAGUAUACCGAGCGAGAGAACGAGCCGCUUUGUUCCUGUUCUUCCUUCUGCCACAUGCCCUGACAUUAUCGCCGAAACCUUUGAUGGCAAUGCCGGCAUUCCUGUUAGGUGCUUUUGACCUUUUAAACACCACGCAAGCACGCUCUCGUUACCUUUCUAGUGUAAGUUAUAUUUGGAAUGGAAACACUUACUGUAAUUUCUCAAAUUACUGCUGUUAUAUACUUGAAUAAAAAGGUGCAAAACUGUACAGUGUGAAAAAGA